AUUGUUUUCUACAUUCACUCUGGAGCCCGGUGCUGCGUGGACGGCGUAGCAUUCUAGUAGUGUAGGAGUGAUAGCAGAGCUGGGUGGAUGCAACCUCUGUGUGUGCUGCUGUGCCUCAGCCUUGUGGGGGCGCUGCAGCAGCAGAGGGAGCAGCAGCAGAAGGAGCAGGUGGCCCAGCAUGCUAUCAAGCUGCACCGCGGGAAAGUGGACGCAGCCACCGCUGCACACAGCCACAACUGGGUGGCCAAGAACUGCCGGCGGCUCUCCGGCCUCCUCCGGCAAAAGAGCGCCGCCGUCCAGAAGCUCACGGCCGCGGCCGCCGCGGUCCUCCGCGACCGGGCGCUCUCCGACGCGGAGAAGUUGUUCCAGGUCCACACGCUGGAAGUUUUCCAGAAGGAACUGAAUGAGAGCGAGCGCUCCGUCUUCCAGGCCGUGCUGGGCCUUCAGCGUGUGUUGCGCGGAGACUACAGGGAUGUGGUCAGCAUGAAAGAAAGCAGUCGGCAGAGACUGGAGGCGCUUAGGGAGGCUGCCAUCAAGGAGGAGAGGGAGUAUGUGGAACUGAUGGCUGCGGAGAAGCACCAGCAGGAGGCGCUGAAGGUGGCUCAGGAUCAGAAUAAGACUCUGUCCAUGCUGGAUGAGAUCCUGGAGGAUGUGAGGAAGGCUGCAGACCGGCUGGAGGAAGAGAUUGAGGACCACGCCUUUGACAACAACAAACAGAUAAAAGGGGUCAAUGUAGAGGCAGUCCUAAGGGUUGAGGAUGAUGAGGAGGACGUUAAGAGGAAGAACGCGUCGAAACAGGAGGUGAAGGGCGACCUCGGACUGAGCAUGCUCAUUGACUCCCAGAAUAACCGGUAUGUUCUGACCAAACCGCGGGACUCCACCAUGCCGCGGGCCGACCACCACUUCAUCAAGGAUUUGGUAUCUGUGGUUAUGCUGUCCCUACCAUGUGGCUGGUUGUGUACACUGAUGGGGCUUCCUCCCAUGUUUGGCUACAUAGUCUCCGGUGUCUUGUUGGGACCGUCUGGACUUAACAGUAUAAAGUCUAUGGUACAGGUGGAGACACUGGGAGAGUUGGGCGUGUUCUUUACUUUGUUUGUGGUUGGACUGGAGUUCUCACCUGAACGCCUACACAAGGUGUGGAAGAUCUCCGUGCAGGGCUCGUGUUACCUGAGUCUCCUGAUGGUGGGAGCAGGGCUCCUUUGGGGCAAGGUGUUAGGCCUCCACCCCACUCAGACUGUCUUCAUCUCCAGCUGUCUGUCACUGUCCAGUACACCUCUGGUGUCUCGCUUCCUCUCCGGAGCAUCCAGGGGGGAGAAGGAUGGUGAAUUGGACUACAGCAGUGUUUUACUGGGAAUGCUGGUUAUGCAGGAUGUCCAGUUGGGCCUCUUUAUUGCUGUCAUGCCCACGCUUAUCCAAGCAGGAAACGGAGACAUGGACAGUGUUCUGAUCGGAGGUUUUCAUGUCCUGAUGCUCUUGGCACAAGUGCUGGUCUCCCUGGCAGCUGUCUUGGUUCUGUGCAUGUUCCUCAGGUCCCACCUGAUUGGUCCAUUCUACAGGAAGCUUCACGCCGAGUGCAGGGGCAGUAAGGAAAUCCUGGUACUCGGCACGACUGCGUUUGUUUUCUUCAUGCUUACGGUGACAGAAUUCCUGGAUGUUUCCAUGGAGUUAGGUUGUUUUGUGGCUGGAGCACUCCUCUCAUCACAAGGUCACAUGGUCACCAGUGAGGUCAUGAGUUGCAUUGAGCCAAUCAGAGACUUCCUGGCUAUUAUUUUCUUUGCAUCCAUUGGACUUCAUGUGUUCCCAACUUUUGUUUUAUAUGAAUUAACCAUCCUGUUGGUCCUGACGUUGUCACUGGUGAUUAUGAAGUUUAUCAUGGCAGUGUUGGUUCUGUCUGCUAUCCUGCCCCGUGGCUCUCGACACAUCCGCUGGCUGGUGUCAGCUGGCCUGGCACAAGUCAGCGAGUUCUCCUUCGUACUGGGCAGCCGUGCCCGCCGGGCUGGCAUCAUUUCUCGAGAGGUGUAUCUUUUGGUUCUUAGUGUCACCACGCUCAGUCUGCUUUUGGCACCGGUGCUGUGGAGAGCUGCCACACUGAAGUUCAUCCCUCGGACAGAUCGGAAAACAUCUACCUGACCCAACAGCAUCCUGGGUCUUGUCCUUUGCCUGCUGUGCCAGGCGCUACAGUAACAUCAUGAUGAACAAUAGUGGCAUUUUGAAUGUUUACACUAGCACUAC